AUGUCUACGUCUUCUUAUGAGUCUGCUGCUGAUCCAAGUACGGUUCCUGCUCUUUCAACUGCAAACAUGAAUACCUCAGGUAAUGCCAGUGCCAACCUGUCACUAACAAAAGAGAGUGGCGAUACAACAAUUGGUGGAAGUGGUGAUAUACCAACAACCUCGGAUAAAAAACAAUCAGUGUUUGAUAUUGCAGAAAAUAUAGAGAAAGAUCUAAAUAAAAUGUUAGAACAACUUGAUCGAACUGAUGCUGAAAUAAAUAAACGAAUAGAUGCUGCCUUGAAAAAAGUUACUUCAUUAUACGAUAAAUUUGAUUGA